AUGAAGCAAUUCCUGCUUCUAGCACUGGUUUCUACAGUAGCUUCCAAGAAUGUCUUCGUCUCAUCGCCAUUUGAUAAUUUCAGAAUAGAAUGCCCUAAACGAGUAAGUGGCAUUUACUUCAAUCUCUUUUUCGAAUGCUAUUAUUCAGGCCGCCGCAACAGAAUUAUCAGUGAGGAUGGUAGAAUCGGUUGGACAAAAGCGGCAAGACAUUGUAUUCGACCUGUCCUGCGAAACCGUGGAAGAUCUGUACCCAUGGAUCAACAUCCCUGUUGGAGUAGCUGAAAUCGAAAGAGAAGAUUGCCAUUAUUCCGAUAUGAUUGAUCCGAUCCUCGAUGAGAACACGACUUUCACUUGCGCUCCACGGGAAUAUCUCGCCGGAAUCACCAGACUUUCCGACACCCGGUACGACGUUAAACAAGUAGAAAAACACAACGGAUUUGUGUUAUUACAGAAUUCAAACCAUGUGCUGUCGUCUGAGAUCUCGUGACGAGUUUAACUGCAAAGAAGUGACAUUCAACAAGCCGAUCGGUCUGACCAGAAGCACACUCAUCGAGCACGACAAUCAGCUCAUCAACGCCAUAAGAGUAGCCGAUCGUAACUACGUCGUCCGCUUCUGUGAUCUGGCUCCACGGGCCACCGGUUAGUACUGAUUCUUGAGUAUCUCCGACCCCGCAAAAAGUGUAGAGAAAGUGUAACUUUAUGUCAAAAUUUUUUGAAGAGUUCGUAAAAAAUGACACAUGUUCAACAUAUGUUGCAAGCUCCUCCCGCUCGUUUCUCUGCUCGUUUUUAUUACUUUGCGCGUGCGUGUGUGGUGUGACGUCGGAAAACUGGCGACAAGGAACAAAAGAUAUACAUUUGCAAUGCCCCCGAGGGAUUUCACCUUUCAGCUCUGAUUAUGUCCGAUGAGAAAGUCCGCGCCAACACAGUUGCUCCAACCACUUCGGAACCAGAACAGCCACAACCACAACAACACAAACCAGAUCCACUGUAAAUAACAUUUCAAUGAAAACUUCAUGUGUCAUUUUUAUUUGUAGGAAAGUUGUGAACCAGAAAACACAGAAGAUGCCAGAGGUUCCCGCUAAGUUGAGAGUUCCGAUGCACCCACCACCACCAAAGAUCGAAGCAGCUCCAGUGAUCGAGUUCCAAGAACCGUCUUUGCCACUUGUGGAAAUUCCACUGGAUGCAGCUGAUAUCAGCGCGGGAGAGCUGCAGCCACUUCCAGUUAUCCCACCAGUUCGAGCCACAUCUCCCAGACCAUCGACGGUAGAUUCAGUCAUUAAUUUCUCUCCAAUAUAUUUUUGUCAAGAUUUCCCUUGCCCUCGUCACCAUUCCCCCGACAACAAGCACCACUGAGGAAGUUCCGGUCGAAUCAGAACUUCCCGUGACCGAAUCCGUCCCGGAAGAGGAAACAACUUUCCCUCAGGAAACACCGAUAUUUAGUCAACAACUCGUUGAGGAUAUCGUCAAGAAAAUUGGUUCUGCGCAAUCCGAACAAAGAGCGGCGCAGAUAUUCCAGCAAUCUUUGAACAAACUUCUGCAGAACGCCAACGAAAAACCAAUUGGUGGGGGGAUACUGAAAGAGGAAGUGAUCAUUGCAUUUGCUAAUAACAUUCGCUUGCAGAAGCCGUUCUUCCACAACCUGCUGGGCCACCAGCCGCCAGACCACCACAAGAGAUGGAGAAUGUGAACUUUGAAAGCGAACAAUUCCCGCAACCAGCAGGAAAGCAACGAUUCUCAAAGGAACUUUUGGUAGAGGAAGUGACGAAAACGUAAAUCUGUAUUUCUGUUUCAGCCACUGAGAAAACACGCCGAUGUGGAUGACAUGUCGAAUUUGCAACCGGUUAACAUGGAAGGACGUCGCCGAUCCCCGAUCCGGACACACAGACCACACGUUGUAAGCCUUGAUGAGCUUGCCGAAUGAUUUCUUCUUUGUACUCCCUUUUGUUCCGUCCGGUCACCAUUCAGUUUUCUGAUUUCACCGUAGAUGUCUGUAUAUUUAUUUCAUUUCCACGUUUAUUCUUGCAUUUUGUUCAAUCCAGUCUAAUAACACGAAAAUGCACUCGUUCCGCGUAAUAAAGUCACACGUGUGUUUGUUCUGAAAAUGUCUGUUUGUCGUGACGUGUUUCUGCGCACUGUACUUUUCUAUCCGUGGAACAAUACCUGGAACACACGAAUUCUUUAGGACAUUUGGGAUUCCGACGAAGAUGAGGAAAAUGAUAAAAUCCUGGCAGAAAUUAACGGAUCCGUUGAAAUGCAUGUCGAACCGACACAACCACCAAAAAAGGUGAAACUUUAUAGAUUGUUGGAAAUGAUUUCAACGCACUUUCUACAGAUUGUCAAGAAGAUUAUUAAAAAAGUGAUUAGAGCGUAUAGACCAAGAACGACAACCGAAACCCCAACAACGACAGAAGUUCCGACGACCACAGUCGAAAAGACCACAACAACUACUCCAAGAUCCAGACCGACCAGACCACGAACUCUGCCGACAACAACAACAACAACAACAACUCCAGAACCGACCACACGAAGACAUGCAAACUCUUUUUUCAAUUCAAUGGAACGAGUUGGUGAUGAUGAGAAAAUAGGCCGCCGAGAGGCCGUUGUUGCAGCUCCCGAGUACGCAUCAAAUCAUAAAACAUCCGUUAUUUAUUCUCCUAUAUUUUUUGUAGGCCGCGCAGAUUCCACGGAAGGACAACCACACCAUCGGCGCGUCGUGACCUGCCGGCUACUAGACGAGUAGCGGAGACUCGCGUCAAUCAACUCGAUAACGCCAGAUACAUUGAUGAGGAGACCCAGUUGUCUCCAUUUGAUGAUCCGACUGAUGAACUUGAGACAUUGAAGCCGACCACUAAAGUUGACACAAGAAUCAUUAGGAAUCCUACUUGAUAAUUUUCAGCAACCAGCCCCCACACACAGCAAGAAACCAACCGAGGAAGCUCCUCAGAUUCAGUUUCAGGAAGAUGAAGAUCUGGAAGACGUUAUCAGCAAAGUGGGUUAGAAGGAAAAUCCUCAAAUGUGUUUCUUUUUCAGUUGAGUGCUCGUCGCGGCGACAUCCGACGAGCUCCCGUUCGUAACAGUUUAGCGGAAGCACAAUUCUCCGAGAAAGUCUCUCUUCCUGAAAAAGAUGGUGCGAAAACCCAUAUCCCCCGCAAUGGACUCCCAAUCGGUAGUCCUCCUUAUGUUUCUUGUCCUAUUUCUGAACGUGUCACUUGCAGCUCUAGACAUGAUGGAGCCUAUUUCGAUGACGAAUCUCGAAGAAUUCGAUGCACCUGCGAAUGAGAGUUCGUUCCUCCGACCUGAUUUCAGCCUAACUGAUCAAAAUUCAGACACCCCUGCCUCAGAAACGAACAAGAACAACAUUCCAGAGAAAGACGAGAGCAUUGAACAAGAUGAAGAGGAUUCCGAGCUGAACAAUCAGGUGAGGACUACACGUGGGAUUAUCCGCCAAAAUUUUUUCCAAAUCUGCAAUUGGAUCUAAUCCUGUUUUUUAACCCCCGCACUCCUAGUCUUCUUCCAUCCUUUCCAAAAAGCUUUGCGCAAAAACAGUCGUUUAAUCCCUCUUCCCACGCACCAAAACGUACGUGCAAUGAUUCCAUUUGUAAUGUAGAGAUAAUUGGAAGAAAUGAAUUAUAUGUAAACACACGCACGUACAUAUAUGCUGCAAGAGAAAUUUUAAUAAGUGUGUGUGUGGUGUGACGUAAUAAGAGUCUCAAUUAUUUGUAAAGGAGUGCUUCUAGAACACACCAACAAAGUAACAAAUCAGGCACGCGUGAAUUGGGACAGGUUAUGAUUUUCUAUUGCAUCAUGACGAGUAACCGGAUCUGAGAACUCGAAUCAAACUUUGAACCAUCCAAUUAGCUCUCUCGACCUACAAUUAUCCUUGGGAACUCUGAAAAUUGUCCAAUCAAAUCUGGUCAUAUGACUGGCACUGAAACACGUUGAUUUUUAUUUAAAAAUAUCAUGGAAAUGUUGAAAACCGAUAUUGUACAGGUUCCUGAAGUUGUCACGUCGUCCCCCACUCGGCCAACAACUACUAUCUACGACGCCAACAACUUCUAUCACACUCCCCGACCACGGCCGGCCAAAAAAGAGUCGAGUGAGUCAAGUAAACUGUGCUCCAAAUCCGGUUUGAGCCCCAUUAAUCCACUCAUUUUCUCUCGCUCUUUAUUGUCCGAAGAAGUUUUCGUAUAGUCGCGGCCAGCAAAUGAGGAACAUAACAUGAAAAAAGAUGUUCUGUUCACUAAUAUAUCUCAUCUCAAUGCUUUAAAAAUCAGACAAAAAUGAGAGGAAAUGUCAGGAAUUAAUGGAGCGAAUAGAUAAAAAUGGCGAGACGUCUAUAUGGUACCAUUUAAUCCGAAUAAGAAAUGAAUCUGUGAGAGAACCUCUCAAAAGCUAUAAGGCCCUUAGUGAAAUCUAAUUUCCAGUUCUGAGAUUCUGCUCAAAGGAGUCUGCGAUCAGAGAUCAGUCCAAUAUGGUGAUUGCUUGCGGCCUCGAUCAAGACAUCUGGACACCUAGCCGUUGUCCGGAGAACGCCGACUGCUUCCCGUCGCACGACAGUCUCUACCGUAUCUGCUGUCCUGUUCACCGUGCCGGAUAA